UUUCUCAGUGGCCUCUCAGUUUCUCUCUUGUUGAGAGCUACGGCGCAUAUUUGCAAUUCUCACAUCGUUUUCCGUCUAUCGACUAGACGUCGUUUCCGAGUCAAUGUCAACACCUUUAUAACUGUCAACAAAUUGAACCCAAUUAUCGUUUAAUAAAAAUGGAUGUUCAAAUACAAUGCAAAGAGGGACCUGGGACAAAGGGACCAGGUCAACCCACCUUGUUGUCCAGUUUGCGAAGUGUUUUGUUCGUCAUUGGAACCGUCGUCAUAGGAUUCGCCGCUUUUUGUAACUCUUUGACGUGGUAUUUACAGAGAUUUUGGGGAUCGUCCGCUGAUUUUUGGCAAGCACAAUGGGAUAAAAUACUAGACACUAUUGGAGAUGAUCCCAUUACGCUUUACGUUUAUGGAUCAUUAGUACUGACAUUCGUUGUCUACUGGCUCUUCGGGGGUAUUUACACACUUUUGGAUAUAACGAAUCGUCCGGCAGCACUUAGACGUUAUAAAAUUCAACCAGGCACAAAUGAACCAGUGGAUAAUAAAGAAUUGAUUAAAGUUAUCGUACAAGUCGUUUUUAAUCAAAUUGUUGUUGGACUGCCAAUUAUAUACCUGAGUCACUUCCUCAUGGAAUGGCGUGGCUAUCCUCCAGUUCGUGAGCUUCCUACGUUUCACUGGGUAUUGGCUGAAAUUGCUGUGCAUAUUUUAUUCGAAGAAAUUGGGUUCUACUAUUCCCACAGAUUACUCCACAGUCGAUACCUGUACAAGUAUAUUCACAAGCAGCAUCAUCAGUGGACGGCUCCCAUAGCUGUGACAGCCCUCUACUGUCAUCCCCUGGAGCACAUUGGAUCGAACCUCAUACCUCCAUUCCUCGGGGUGUUCAUUGUUGGUUCACACGUGGCUACCGCUUGGAUAUGGUUCUCCCUGGCUAUUUUAUCAACGCUGAACGCUCACUCCGGUUACCAUUUACCGUUCUUCCCAUCACCUGAGGCACAUGACUUCCAUCAUCUAAAAUUCAAUCAGUGCUACGGAGUCCUAGGAGUUUUAGAUCGUCUUCAUGGAACAGACACACAAUUUCGCAAUUCUCGUGCCUGUGCUCGUCAUGUUAUGAUGCUUAGUCUGAUUCCAGCGAGGGAAGCAUUCCCGGAUGAAAUUAAAUAUAAAUCGAAAUAAGUAUAGUAUUAAUCUUUAAGUGAAGUGAAAAGGUAUUUUGCUGCUACUCUGAAUUGUUAUUUUCUUUAAAUGCAAGCGUACAGCACACAUCGAUAACUCCUGUCAUAAUUUCUUAUGUUUAUGCAACAAAAAUGGCAAAUCCUCGACUACGUCCAGUUCUUCCUGUUGAACAAGUAUUAUUUUUUCCCAUUGAAUUAACAUACUGCCAAAAUUUUUUAACAAUUUUGCAGCAGCAGCAACGUAAAUUUAUCUCAACCAUAAUGUGUCUACAAUUCAAUUUGUUAUACUGCAAUCACUAAACUAAUGCUUUAUUCCUUCGAUGAUUGAUUUAAUCCAGCAUUAAUUUAUCUAAUUAAUAUUACAUUAAUUAAUUGUACUUGAAUUGGAAUUGUUUGUGUGAUAAAGAAUAAGUCAAGAUAAAUGAGAAUGCCCAAUGUGAGAAAUAAUAAUGAAUUUUCUACAAUAUUUUUAUCGUAUUGACUAACUCCAGUAUUUAUGUUACAUCCGUCAAUUUUUAUUUUAUUUUGUUUAUAAUCAAUAAACAAAUGACUAUUAUGAUUA